CUCCCUCCGUCAGGCCCCUUGGUUUCCCUCCUGGGGCUGCCCAACUUUCUCUCUCUCUCAUUCUCUCUUUUAUUUCCCUGAGCACAUUGUCUCCUCCUGCUCCCUUUUCUCUUGGACUCCCACCCAGCAUUAAAAACACGGGAGCACUCGCCUCCCUCAGCAUCUGAGGGUCCAAUCCAGGCGCCCCCCCUCCAUUGCUUCCCUUCAGAGGGGCCCCCCACCAACCACCACAAUCCCCACGUUUCUACAGGGCUCCCCCCACCCACCCCGUCAUCUCCCUUUUCCCUCUCUUAGCGUUUUGUUUGGGGCUGGGAGCUUCCCUAGCUGCCUUCCUAUCCCCUCUCUUCCCCUCCACCCCUCAGGUCCUCAGUAAAUACACACCACCACAACAACCCAUCUGCUACGCCCGCCUUCUUCCUGCCUUCCUCUUCCCCACACCUCCCUUUCUUCUUUUAGACCUUGCUUGGGAAUCAUCUCCUCACCCCCACGACUCCACAAAGCCUACUGAUGGUGUGAUUCGUGAGGAGAAGCACCUUUUUAAAACGCUGGGGUUAUUGGAGUGGUCAAAUUUUUCCUGGAAUUGAGUGGGAAAUUCAGAAGACUGAAGCCCAGGCUCACUGUCUACCUUUCACGGAGGCCCAGCCGUGAGAGGACAGAAGAAGGCACCUGGCGAAUCAUGACCGCCGACAAAGAAAAAGACAAGGAGAAAGAGAAGGAUCGGGACCGGGACAGGGACCGGGAGCGGGACAAGCGCGAGAAGGCCCGCGAGGGGGAGAACUCUCGGCCUCGACGUAGCUGCACCUUGGAAGGCGGAGCCAAGAACUACGCCGAGAGCGACCACAGCGAGGACGAGGACAACGACAACAACAGUGCCACCACGGAGGAGUCCACAAAGAAGAAUAAGAAGAAGCCUCCCAAGAAGAAAUCUCGAUACGAGAGGACGGACAACGGGGAAAUCACGUCAUUCAUCACAGAGGACGAUGUCGUCUACAGGCCUGGGGAUUGUGUGUAUAUUGAGAGUCGCCGACCAAACACUCCAUACUUCAUCUGUAGCAUUCAAGACUUCAAAUUGAGCAAACGGGACCACCUCCUAAUGAACGUCAAAUGGUACUACCGCCAGUCUGAAGUCCCGGAUUCUGUCUAUCAGCACUUAGUUCAGGACCGACACAACGAAAAUGAUUCUGGACGUGAGCUGGUUAUUACGGACCCAGUUAUCAAAAACCGAGAGCUUUUCAUCUCAGAUUAUGUCGACACCUAUCAUGCUGCUGCUCUCAGGGGGAAGUGUAAUAUUUCCCAUUUCUCUGACAUCUUCGCUGCUAGGGAGUUUAAAGCUCGGGUGGACUCCUUUUUCUACAUACUGGGCUACAAUCCAGAGACAAGGAGGUUGAACAGCACACAGGGAGAAAUCCGGGUUGGGCCUAGCCAUCAGGCAAAACUUCCGGAGCUGCAGCCUUUCCCUUCCGGAGAUGGAGACACGGUGACACAGCACGAGGAGCUGGUCUGGAUGCCUGGGGUCAAUGACUGCGACCUGCUCAUGUACCUGAGGGCAGCCCGGAGUAUGGCAGCCUUUGCUGGGAUGUGCGAUGGAGGAUCCACUGAAGACGGGUGUGUUGCAGCUUCCCGGGACGACACUACCCUCAAUGCCCUCAACACACUACACGAGACCAACUACGAUGCUGGCAAAGCCCUCCAGCGCCUCGUAAAGAAGCCCGUGCCCAAACUCAUCGAGAAGUGCUGGACGGAAGACGAAGUGAAACGGUUCAUUAAAGGACUCAGACAAUAUGGGAAGAACUUCUUCAGGAUCCGGAAAGAACUUCUUCCCAAUAAGGAGACGGGAGAACUGAUCACCUUCUAUUACUACUGGAAGAAAACCCCUGAAGCGGCGAGUUCCCGGGCUCACCGCCGGCAUCGAAGGCAGGCGGUGUUUCGGAGAAUUAAGACCCGGACGGCGUCCACGCCGGUUAACACUCCCUCCAGACCCCCGUCCAGCGAAUUCUUGGAUUUGAGUUCAGCCAGCGAAGAUGAUUUCGACAGCGAGGACAGUGAGCAGGAGCUGAAGGGCUACGCCUGUCGCCACUGCUUCACCACCACCUCCAAGGACUGGCACCACGGCGGGCGGGAGAACAUCUUGCUGUGUACCGACUGCCGUAUCCACUUCAAGAAGUACGGGGAGCUCCCGCCCAUCGAGAAGCCGGUGGACCCGCCACCUUUCAUGUUCAAGCCUGUCAAAGAGGAAGAGGAUGGGCUCAGCGGGAAGCAUAGCAUGAGGACAAGGCGGAGUAGAGGCUCGAUGUCUGCACUACGAAGUGGCCGUAAAAAGCAACCCACCAGCCCCGAUGGCAGAGCGUCCCCCAUCAACGAAGACAUCCGGUCCAGCGGCCGCAACUCUCCCAGCGCGGCCAGCACCUCCAGUAACGACAGCAAGGCCGAUUCGGUGAAGAAGUCAUCCAAAAAGAUCAAAGAAGAGGCCUCGUCUCCUCUCAAGAGUUCCAAGAGGCAACGAGAAAAGGCAGCUUCCGACACGGAGGAGCCGGACAGAAUCAAUGCCAAGAAAACCAAAACGCAGGAGAUCAGCAGGCCCAAUUCCCCGUCGGAGGGCGAAGGGGAAGGGGAGAGCUCUGACAGCCGCAGCGUGAACGACGAGGGCAGCAGCGACCCGAAGGAUAUCGACCAGGACAACCGGAGCACCUCGCCCAGCAUCCCCAGCCCGCAGGACAACGAGAUCUCAGGUUUCCCUGUCCUCCCCUCGCCCGUGCCACCCCCGGUCCUGACCCAAAGCCAGGGCCUCCCUCCCUCUGCCGGCCUCCACCCGGGACCUCCCGGGCAGGCCCCCUUUUCCCAGCAUCCGUUUGUCCCCGGGGCCCCUGCUUCCAUCACUCCUCCCUCGUGCCCGUCGUCGACGUCCACGCCGCCUUCCGUGCCUGGUGCCCCACCUCAGGCGGCAGUCUCCACCUCCUCCUCCUCCUCCGCCUGCAGUGGGAACGUCCCUGUGGUGACGGCCUGCACGAUGCCGCCCAUCCAGAUCAAGGAGGAGGCUCCCGAUGAGGCUGAGGAACCGGAGAGCCCGCCUCCCCCGCCAAGGAGCCCGUCGCCAGAGCCCACGGUGGUGGACACGCCCAGCCAUGCCAGCCAGUCCGCCAGGUUUUACAAGCACCUGGAUCGUGGCUACAACUCCUGUGCACGGACAGACCUGUACUUCAUGCCUCUGGCAGGUUCAAAGCUGGCCAAGAAGCGUGAGGAGGCCAUCGAGAAGGCCAAGAGGGAGGCAGAGCAGAAGGCAAGAGAAGAGAGGGAGCGAGAAAAAGAGAAAGAAAAGGAGAGGGAGAGAGAGCGGGAGCGGGAGCGAGAAGCAGAAAGAGCAGCGAAAGCGUCCAGUUCCUCCCAUGAAGGACGUCUCGGGGAAUCCCAGUUGAGCGGGCCAGCUCACAUGAGGCCGUCGUUCGAGCCGCCCCCCACCACCAUAGCUGCCGUCCCUCCUUAUAUUGGGCCAGACACGCCAGCACUACGGACUCUGAGCGAGUACGCCCGUCCGCACGUCAUGUCCCCCACGAAUCGCAACCACCCGUUCUUUGUGCCCCUCAACCCCACCGACCCACUCCUGGCCUACCACAUGCCCAGCAUCUACAACGUGGACCCCGCCAUCCGGGAGCGGGAGCUUCGGGAGCGGGAGAUCCGGGAGCGGGAGAUUCGGGAGCGGGAACUCCGCGAGAGGAUGAAGCCCGGGUUCGAGGUGAAGCCUCCGGAACUCGACGCGCUCCAUCCGGCCACGAAUCCCAUGGAGCACUUUGCCCGCCACGGCGCCCUCACCCUCCCGCCCACAGCAGGCCCCCACCCUUUCGCUUCCUUCCACCCGGGGUUGAACCCCCUGGAGCGGGAGAGGCUCGCUCUGGCAGGCCCCCAGUUGCGGCCGGAGAUGAGCUACCCGGACAGACUGGCCGCCGAGAGGAUACACGCCGAGCGGAUGGCCUCGCUGACCAAUGACCCCUUGGCCAGGCUCCAGAUGUUCAACGUGACGCCGCACCAUCACCAACAUUCACAUAUACACUCACAUCUGCACCUCCACCAGCAGGACCCGUUGCAUCAAGGCUCUGCGGGCCCUGUUCACCCCCUUGUGGACCCGUUGGCAGCCGGGCCUCAUUUGGCACGGUUCCCCUACCCUCCCGGUACGAUCCCCAACCCAUUGCUCGGGCAGCCGCCCCAUGAGCACGAAAUGCUUCGGCACCCUGUCUUCGGUACCCCAUACCCUCGUGACCUCCCUGGCGCCAUCCCUCCCCCCAUGUCCGCAGCCCACCAGUUACAGGCCAUGCAUGCCCAGUCCGCAGAGCUUCAGAGACUAGCAAUGGAGCAGCAGUGGCUUCACGGGCACCCCCACAUGCACGGAGGACACCUCCCCAGCCAAGAAGACUAUUACAGUCGGCUGAAGAAAGAAGGUGACAAGCAGUUGUAAUAAAUUAUUUAUUGGUAAUCCCAGCUACGGAAGAUCUCAGUCCUUGGGGAGCAACGGAAUGUGUGCGUGUCUCCCCUGCAAGAGAACUGGGGGAACGGCAGGAGAACGGUCUUCUAAAGAUAACCGUUCUCUCUUUAAAAUGGAAAAAGAAAAGCAAACCAAGAAAGCCCGACCUUUAUAGACUUUAAACAGCCUCAUAUAUUAUAGCAUUCAUUUGUAGAGAAGAUUUCUCAAGACCAGUUCAGGAGUCUCUCCUUGCAUGACGAAACCUGUUAAGAAGCCUAUUGAAAAACAACCAACCGAGGACUGGAUGAAAUAUUCAGAGAAUUUCUUUGGGCAAUCUUGGGGGUUUGUUUGGUUUUUUUGGGGGGUGGUUUGGUUUGGUUUUUCAUUUUGAGUAGGUGCUAGAAUCAGGUUCACAACAUAAUGCAAGCCACUGUGCAUAAAAAAAAACACUCGAUUUAUAUAUAAAUAUAUAUAUAUACUUUAAAAAAAACCAAGAAUUACAAGUAGGUGGCAUAACAACCUCUGAAAAUCCAAGUGCUAUAACAAGAAUUUUAAAAGAAAAAUCUACUUUUAUUUUAAUACAUUGUAGGAAAUCUUCAUAAUUUUAAAGAGAGCUUUGCAGCAUGGCUUUUUAAGUCUGUAAAUAACUUUUCCGGGUUAGGGGUUUAAAAGAUAAUUAUUAUUAAUCUCCACAAACUCCUGACUUCUUCUCUUUCCCUCCCUCCCUACCCCUUGCCUUCAGUACCAUCACAAAAUCGUUACUUCUUACCUGGUGUUGACAAGAAUACAGAGUUGAUUUUUUAAUAUAAGAGGAAUAUAUAUAAUUAUCCCUUUAAUUAAAGGGACGAGGACAAGGGGGAGGGGUCACUAAUUUCAAAAUGGGCCAGAGCUUGACUUUACAGCUGGGUAGCAACGUAAGCAUUAAAAGGAGUUGCAGGGAUAAUGUUUAAAGAAAAAAACACAGCUGCUUUAUUUUGCGCGCAUGUGUUUGUUGUUCUUUUUAAUUUAAUUCUUUUGUUCCAUGAACAUGAUCUUGAUUUUCCAUUCUGGUAACUGGGUGUGUCAUACUUCAGAGACUCGCCAGGUACAUACAGUACAUUUCAGCCUGGAGGUCUAAAAGUUUAGAAGCAAAAAUUGUAACUAUAAAGCAUGCAGAAUAGUCCUUGAAAAUCCUCCGAUACAAGAACGUUUUGAAGCUGAAUUUGUAGCAGUCGACAUUUUCAACAAGUGGGUUCAAAAUUAUGAUGAUGAUACUAAUAGUAAUCCAGUAGAUUUCCUCAAUUUCUAUUUUUAACCACAAGGUCUGUUCUGGAAGCAUGAGAUUAUCUUCCGGGUCAGGAUAAGCACUUUGUGAAUCCAGCGUAUGCAUGGAUUAUGCUCAGAGGAGAACCCAUUGGCAAUGCCAUCCCCAUCAAUGUGGGAAGCCCUCACAUGAACACCAUUCAGAGGUGUUCAAUUUGGUGCAUCAGCAUUUGAAUAAAAUGCAAGAUUGCAAGCACAUUACCUUUUUCUUUCAAAAGAAAUUAAAUAAAUUAGCGUGCUUGGAGUCAGAUCUUCACCCUCUUGGAUGUUCCAUAUUUUGAAUUAAAAGGGAUCAGCAGAGAGGCUGUUUGGGGGUUGAUGGAUUUUGAGAUGCUAAAACUUGCAUCUAACUUUUAAACAAAGUCCUCUGUGUUUCCAGUUUCGCUUUUUUACUAGGCCUGAGGGUUUUUUGCUUGGCUCGCAAGAGAUGGCUGUGUAGGUAGUGCCUGCUUUCAAGGCACAACAGAGCAACCUCUCCUGCCACUCCAGCCAGGCCUUGACAGCAAAAUGAACUUGAUUCCUAGCCAAAUCCUAUUCAGGUAGGUUAGGAUGGAGCCAAGCAAAACUCUGAAUGGAGGCGUCAUUGGAAUAUCCUUCACCUGUCCGGCCUUUUGCAAUAUUAUCAGUUACCGCUGGUUGUUAGAAUGUUACUUUCCCAUCAUUUCCAAAGUUAAGAAAGCUCCUCAAGGAUGACUGUAGAUUGUCCUGUUGAGAGCUGACUUACGUUGACUGUAAGAAGCCUGUUUUUAUCCCCUUCCUGUUGUUGCUUUAGACACACUUUUGAAUAAAGAUGGAUGGUGCAGGAAUGUACAGGGCGGUGUGCACUAUUCAUGUUCCCAGUUUUGUGUUACUGUUUGUUACCUUCAUAACAUUUCCUGUUUCUCUUUUGGAGGGCUUUUAAGGCUUUAUCUUUUGCCGUGAAGACUGUUAUCUGUGGCAAUCCCUCAUGGGAUUCCAUAGGGCUUCCCCCCCACACACACACCCCAAGAUAACUCUGUAGCUAAUCAUUUUUACUGCCUCCAAAGGCACAUGAUCGGUGGAAUUUAAAGCUGCUGAGCAGAUCUCUGGGUUCUUUCUGCUUUGGGCCAGAGAGAAAGCCUUUCUCUAUUUCCUGAUUCCCACUGGUUUUAUUAUUAUUUUGGCCCAAAAUUGUUUUUCCUCCCGUAUCACUUUCUUAUGAGAAGGCCAACACAGCACUAAAUCAGCCAUAUCACUGUUCUGUCGUCCCUCCAACAGGAGCAUAGAUAGGAAACCCAUGCCAGUCACUGCCCUUUAAUAUGGUGGGCAGGCUGCACAGAUGAUUUUCCAGAACAAGCCUGCCUUGCCUCAGAAGAUUUACAUAGGGGCAGAGGGAAGCUCUCCAAAUUCAAGAGGCAGAAUUCCUCCCUCCCCAGCAAGGAGCCUCACAAGACUCUUGAAACCCAAGCAGCUGUUUCCCAUUUGAAUGUUGCUGUCUGUAAUGAAAUGUGGUUCAGAGCAGCUGUCUUUUACCCAACAGGGCAGUCUCGACUGGUGAUCACCUCUCAUGCCUUUCUUUGGUGGUUGAUGAAGGGGAUCUCUGUGUUUCAAGAAAAGAAAAUCUGGUUUUAAACAUCAUGACUUUUCUCAAAAGAAGUAGGUGAGGGAAAGAAGAAUCCUCUCUUGAGGAAGUUCUCCUGCCAAAAUAAAGAUAGACCUAGCUUAGCGUGGUGAAAUAAACACAAUUCCUGGCCAAAAGUACCGGUUGAUUUCAUUUCUCACCCACCCCCCUCGUAAUCUGUUGAUGUGCAGUUUAGGUUUAGUAUUCUGAAUCAUUCCAAAGUAGCGGAAAAAGCCCAGAGUUCAUUUGUCAUUGGCUCUAAUGAUUAACUAUGGUGUUAUUUGCUGCUGGUUUCUAAGAUCACCAUUUUUUUUCUGUUAGAAUCAUCCAACCUUUUAUAGAAAUUUUUUUUGCUUUGAAUGUUUAAAAAUCCAUUUUUUGCUUUUUGUGUGUGGUUUUUUUUAAAUCAAACUGUCUCUUGUUCAGUGUUGUCAUGAUUUUGAAGCUCGUUUUGCUGCACCGUUUAAAAGAAUAUACAUUCUGACAGCUAUGUUUAUAUAUAUCUUGAGGCUUAGUGUAUAUAUGAGUAGUUUGCCAUGGGAUAACACAGUGUAAAACAGAGUAGAAAACCCAGAAAUCGUGACUUCUGUGUUCUCUCCAUUUGAGUAUUUUGUAAUUUUUUUGAAAUAUUUGUGGACAUAAAUAAAAACCAAGCUACACUACA